AUGGAUCCCUACGACAGUGACUCCAGUGCCGACGAGGACUUUACCGAUACCGGCGUCCUUCUCGGUUACGCCGAUGAUGAGGUUAUCGAGGACACCGUCAGCCACCUAGGCGGUUGGCCGAAAUGGCUCGCAGACAAUGUUCCCCCACCGGGUGAAUUCGCCAACUGCAAGGUCUGCAACAGUCCCAUGUUGCUACUCCUCGAGUUGCACGGUGACCUGCCCGACCAUUUCCCCACCGACGAGCGCCGCCUGUAUAUCUUCGGUUGCCCUAGAAAGCCAUGCAAUCGCAAACCAGGCAGUAUCCGCGCAUACCGCGCAACUCGCAAGGUCAACCUGAACUCUUCGCCGAACCAGGACGAACAAGAAGGUACCAAGGAAAUUGAGAAAGAGACCGCACCACCUCCACCCCCACCCCAGCCCCAGCAGCCUAGGGAUCUAGGAGCCAGUCUAUUCGGGGCAACCUCGUUGACGAGCAGCGUGUCUGCAAAUGCCAACCCAUUCUCCUCCAAUUCGGGCUCCUCGGGGGGUUUUGUCAAUCCCUUUGCGAUGCCCAAACCCUCCACAGCCCCGGCACCGGCUCCUACCCCAACCCCAGCUCAAUCUCAAUCUCAAUCUCAAUCCGCGAAUGCGCUCGCCGAAUCCUUCGCUGACAAGGUCCGGAUCUCGUCUCCAGAGCCAUCAAGUAACCCCGCUCUCACCACCUUUAAACCCACGCCGGAAUCAUCAGGGGCUCUCGCACCCUGGCCCGAACAAUCCGCCUUCCCGUCUCCCUACCAGAACUACUUCCUAGACGCCGAAUAUGAAACACUCUCACGGCCAUCAACGCCCACCGUCCCAGAUAACGUUCAAAUGGAACCAAUGGAAGAAGAAGGCGCCGGUGCCGAUCUCAAAGAUACGUUCGAGUCCGAGCUCGAUAAGGCGUUCAUGAAGUUCUCUACCCGCCUCUCUCAUAACCCUGAACAGGUCCUGCGCUACGAGUACCGCGGUACCCCGCUGUUGUGCUCGUAUGCGGACCCGGUGGGUAAGCUUUUACAUCGUGAGCAGUCGGGUCAUGUGACGACUGUUGGAGGAGGUCAUAUGCCGCGGUGUGAGUACUGUGGUGCGCAGCGUGUGUUUGAGGUGCAGCUUGUGCCGCACGCUAUUAGUAUUCUUGAGGAUGGAAGACCUGGUGUUGGGCUUGGGGAGGGAGAUGCCGGGAUGGAGUGGGGAACUAUUAUUAUGGGUGUUUGUUCGAAGGAUUGUGCGCCCGAGGCGCUUUGGCAGACUGGUUGGAGGGAGGAGUGGGCUGGUGUGCAGUGGGAGGAGAUGAAAUAG